AUGGAGGAGCCUAACGAGGGACACAGGGUUGUUCCCGAGCUCUACUUUCUGAUAGCAAAAUUUCUUAGUGGAGGACCUCUGAAGGAGACUGCUAAGACAUUGCUAAAAGAGCUCGAGACUAUAGAGGUGCUGCCUCGACGAACCGACUGGGAGGGCACAGAGCACACCCAAUCUUACGAUGAAUUGGCAUCGCAAUACUCCGACGUGUCGUUCAACCGACUGGCGGCGGUGUGCGAGCGCGCGCUCCAGCUCGCCCGGCGCGGCUCCGCCGCCGGAGACAAUAAUGCACAACAAGGUUUGGCGGCGCGGCUCUCGCUGCUCAGCGAGUCGCUGGUGCGGCCCAUGCCGCAGUACGCGAGCCACAAGCUGGACCACUCGCUGGUGCGGCGGCUCGUGGCGCGGGAGCUGGGAGCGGGCGCUGCGGCCCUGCCCGGGGGCCGGGGAGGACAAGCCACUUUCCCACCCCGCAUGCUCGCCUCACUCAACCUCCAGCGACGAACGCUGGGGCAUCUGUCGGCGGUGUACUGCGUCGUGUUCGACUGUACGGGGCGGUACGUCAUCACCGGCGCUGAUGAUAUGCUCGUCAAGGUGUGGAGCGCGCUGGACGGGCGGCUGGUGGCGACGCUGCGCGGCGUGGGCGCGGAGGUGACGGACGUGUGCGUGUCGGCGGACGGCGCGCUCGUGGCGUGCGGCUCCGUGGACAAGCUGGUGCGCGUGUGGUGCCUGCGCUCGGCCGAGCCGCGCGCCGUGCUCAGCGCGCACGCCGGCACCAUCACCUCCGUGCACUGGGCGCCGCCCGCCCGCCGCGACGUGCGCUGGCUCGCCUCCACCUCCACCGACUGCUCGGUGGCCUUCUGGACGUGCUCCCCGGACGGGUACUUCCUGUCGCAGCCGGUGCAGUACGUGGAGCGGAUGAGGCCCGGCGUGUGCCACAUGAUCUGCGCCGCCUGGUCCGCCGGGGGGGCCUUCCUCGCCGCCGGCAGCGCCGACCACCACGUCAGGAUAUACACAGUAGAACACGAACCCGGUGGACCCAAGAGAGUUCUGGAGACAGCCGUCCACGACGAUGCGGUAGACUCGAUCGCGUGGGCCCACCGGGGACUCCGCUUCGUGUCGGGGAGCAAGGAUGGGACUGCGGCCUUGUGGACACUACACGCCACGCAGUGGAGACACCACCUACUGCAGCCGACCUCCACCAACAGCGAUGGGAAGAAGCUCAAGAUGACAAUGGUGUGCUGGGACUGCAGCGACGCGUACGUCAUCACCGCCGUCUCCGACAACACCAUCCGCGUGUGGUGCUCGAGGACCUGCACCCAGGUGCGGUCGCUGGGCGGGCACCGCGACGAGGCGUACGUGCUGGAGGCGCACCCGUUCCUGAGCGGCGUGUUCCUGUCGGCGGGCCACGACGGACAGCUGUUCGUGUGGGACGCCCAGCACGACCAGCCCCUGGCGCGCUUCCACAACCGCAUCGACGGCCACGGCGACGGCGCCAUCUUCGACGCCAAGUGGGGGGGAGGCGCCAGCGUCGCGGCCACCGACUCGCACGGACACCUGCUGCUGCUCGGUAUCGGACGUGGCCACCGGCUGUACUCGCACCUGCCGACGGAGCUGUUCUUCCACACCGACUACCGGCCCGUGAUCGUGGACUCGGCCGGCGGCGCUCACGACGAGCAGACCGACACUCCUCCGCACCUCCUGCCCCCGCCCUUCCUCGUCGACGUGGAGGGGGCGCCGCACGCGCCAGAGUAUCAGCGACUCGUACCCGGCCGAGAGAACCUGGCGCUGUCGCAGCUGAUCCCGGUGGCGGACGCGCCGCGCUCGCAGAUCAACUCGCUGAUCGAGGCGCUGGCGGCGGGCAUGGGGGGCGCCGGGGGGCGCGGCGUGUGGCGCGGGGAGGGCGUGCGCUACACGGCCGGCUCGUGGCAGCGCGGCGACCCGCUGCUCGUGCCGCAGUGCACGCGCCCCAUCGUGCCGCGCCUGGCGCCGCCGCACCGCGACACCCUGCACCGCGCCGCCGCCGAGCUCAACGCGCUGGAGCAGGCCUGGUACCGCCGCGAGAUGCGCCGCCGCCCGCUCAUGAUCAGCACCGCGCCCGACGGCGGGCCCCGGCGCCGGGCCGCCCGCCGCCCCGCCGCCCGCCCCGCCACCCGCCCGCAGCCGCGCCCCGAGCCGCCCGAGCCGCUGGAGCCCGACAGCCUCAGCGGCUCCGACACCAGCGACGAGUGGCUGCAGCGGCCCUCCGCCGCCCGCACCGCCCGCCCCUCGCACACCUCGCGCACCUCGCGCACCUCCAACGACACCAGGGCCAGCCUCUCCAGCCUCGAGCUCGACGACACCACCAGCUCGUCGUCCUCGUCGCAGUACUCGGACUGGGAGGCGGGCGCAGCCCUGGCACCUCCUGCUCGCGCACGCAGAAGGCCCCUGCGCCCUACCAACAGGUACAGCCCCAGUCAAGUGCCGGCCAAGCGAGCGCCCGCCCCGGCCCCCGCCCCGCCGCCCCCGGCACACAUCCCCGUCGACCCCGGACCUGCUGGAAGUCGCGUGUCGGGUCCUCUGCAGGAGCUGCCGGACGCGUACCGGCCCGGCGAGUGGAUCACCGCCGUGUCGCCGCGCAAGGCGCCCUACCACCCGCAGAUGGGCGACCAGUGCCUCUACUUCCGCCUCGGACACCAGAGGUACUUCGAGGCGGUGGCUGAGAAGGACGUGUACAAGAUCAACCCGAGGGACAAGCCGUGGGAGAGGUCGCACGUCUAUGAGUGCGAGCUGGUGAAGGUGGUCGGUAUCAAGUACGUGAUUAAGCCGCCGCGCGUGGUGUGCCUGCGGCUGGCGUGCUCCCUGCCCGGGGAGGGGGCGGAGGGGGGCAGCUCGUCCUCGCGCAGCAUAACCGUGAGGUACCACGACAUGCCAGAUGUCAUUGACUUCCUCGUGCUCCGGCAGCAGUACGACGCGGCGGUGGCGCGGCGCUGGGGAGCCGGCGACCGGUUCCGCUGCAUGAUCGACGACUGCUGGUGGACCGGAGAGGUGCUGGAGCGCGCGGGCGACCCGGGCGCGGGCGCCAGCGACAUGGCGGGCGGGCCCCACGCCCACGAGUGGGCCUCCGCCGCCGCCGCGCACUUCCUCGCGCUCAAAGUGAGGUGGGACAACGGCGAGGUGGAGCGGCUGUCGCCGUGGGACCUGGAGCCGCUGGACCCGAGCCGGCUGCCGGCGCAGGCGGGCGGGGCGGUGCCGGUGCUGCCCGUGGAGCUGGACGCCGUGCUGUACCGCGCCACCACCGACGAGUGGGGCGGCGACCGCCCCACCGCCUCCCGGGCCAUCGCUGAACAUAUCGGGUCGGUGAUGUCCCUGGCGGCGGCGGAACCGUUCGUGGCGCCAGUGGACCUGCAGCAGUACCCCGCGUACGCCAGGGUCGUGCCAUACCCCGUAGACCUGGCGACCAUCAGGGCGCGCUGCUCGCACCUGUUCUACCGGCGCGCGGCGGCCGCUCAGUUCGACGCGCGCUACCUGGCCAGCAACGCCGAGCGGUUCAACGAGCCGCACGCGCCCAUCGUGCGUCAGGCGCGGCUGGUGACGGACCUGCUGCUGCACAUCAUAGCGGAGUGGCGCGACUGCGACGUGCUCGCCAAGUACCACGAGCUCGCCGACAACUACCGCUCCUCCGACGACGAGCCGCUGCUGCACACCAAGUCGCGUGGCCGCGGGGGUCGCUCUGCGCGCGAGUCUGAGGCGUGGCGCGCCGCGUGCACGGGCGUGCUGAGCGAGCUCAUGGGCUCGGCUGACGCGGAGCCCUUCCGCGCGCCCGUCUCGCCCGACCAGGCGCCAGAUUAUCUGUCGGUGGUGUCCCGGCCGAUGGACCUGGGGCGAGUGGCGGGGCGGCUGACGCGCGGCGAGUACAGCGCGCCUGAACAGUUCGUGGCCGACGUGCGCCAGGUCUUCGCCAACAGCAGGCUCUACAACACCAACAAGCGCAGUCGGAUCUACUCGAUGACGGUGCGGCUGUCGGCGCUGUUCGAGGCGCUGUGGUCGCGCCUCGGGGCGGGGGCGGGGGCGGGGGCGGGGGCGAGGGGCGCGGGGCAGGGGACGCGCGCACCCGCCCCGCCCCGCCGCCACAACCCGCCGCACCCGCGCCACCGCCCCCGCCCCGCGCUCGUGUGUCGCCCCCCGCGGCCCGCCCGCGCCGCGCGCCCCCCCGCCCUGCGCGCGCCCCUCGACGAGUCGAUGAACGGCAGCUCGCGGCUCGGCAGCUCGGGCAGCUCGAGCUCGGACUCGGAGACGCUGGCGGCCACGUCGCGCCGCGUGCACGCCGCGCGCGCCUCCACAGACAGCGACGCGCCGCUCACCGUGCACAGCAAAGGUACGGGGGGGGGGGGGACUGUAGCUAGGCUCGGCAGCUCCAGCUCGGACUCGGAGACGCUGGCGGCCACGUCGCGCCGCGUGCACGCCGCGCGCGCCUCCACAGACAGCGACGCGCCGCUCACCGUGCACAGCAAAGACAGCGACGCGCCGCUCACCGUGCACAGCAAAGGUACGGGGGGGGGGGGGACUGUAGCUAGGCUCGGCAGCUCCAGCUCGGACUCGGAGACGCUGGCGGCCACGUCGCGCCGCGUGCACGCCGCGCGCGCCUCCACAGACAGCGACGCGCCGCUCACCGUGCACAGCAAAGCUAGGCUCGGCAGCUCCAGCUCGGACUCGGAGACGCUGGCGGCCACGUCGCGCCGCGUGCACGCCGCGCGCGCCUCCACAGACAGCGACGCGCCGCUCACCGUGCACAGCAAAGGUACGGGGGGGGGGGGGCCUGUAGCUAGGCUCGGCAGCUCCAGCUCGGACUCGGAGACGCUGGCGGCCACGUCGCGCCGCGUGCACGCCGCGCGCGCCUCCACAGACAGCGACGCGCCGCUCACCGUGCACAGCAAAGGAAAAGGCAUCGGCAAGAAGAGCAAGAGCAGCAGCGCCAGCGCCAGCGCCGAGCCCGUCGCCUCCACCAGCAGGGACACGCGACACGAGAGCUACUCGGAGGUGAACGGCAAGCGCGCUGCGGGGUCGUGGGAGGAGUCGUCGUCGUCCUCCAGCUCGUCCAGCUCGUGCACCAACAUCGAGGUGCUGGAGGAGCAGCUGCACGACGAGGUGGAGCUCACCUACACCGACAGCGACCAGAACCAACCUAGAGGCUUGGGGCGCUCGGGCCGCAAGCGACGCCCGCGCCCGCCCAGCUCGGCCUCCAGCGCCGGCCUGACGCGGCGACACGCGCACAAACCCAAGCGGACCCGCGAGCGCUUCACGGCGGGCUCGACGUCGUCGUCGCUGAGCUCGGAGGGCUCGGGCGGCUCGGGGUCGGGCCGGCGCUACGAGUCGGACCGCUCGUACCGGCCGCGCUACUCCACGGACGACGACCGGCCGCUGCACCUGUACCGCCAGCGCCGCGCCGACCCGCCCAGCAACAGCAGCAACUCUGGCGGCGUGUCCCUCCGCGCUCGUCGCUCCCAGCGCCGGUACAACGAGGACAGCGAGGAGGACUCGGUGGCCGCCAUCAGCAAGCGGAUGCAGCACCACUCCAGGGCCCACCACGCGCACCUCGCCACGAGGCGGAGGCACCACGCGGCACAGAGUGCGGGCGCGCACCGCAGCGACCACAACUACUUCAACGGGCUCGCCGCGCCCGACCCGCUCCACAACGCUAACGGCACGCGGCCUGUGGCAGGCGCGGCCGGCGCGAGCGGCGCGGGGGGCGCGGGGAGCGCGGGCGGGCCGGGGGGCGCGGGGAGCGCGGCCGUGUCGGUGUCGUCGCGCGGCCGCGUGCGCAAGCUCACGCCCAAGGCGCGCGGCCUGCUGCGGGACUAG